GUGCGAUUUGCCAAAGACCUUAAUAUCUCCAGUAAAGAUGCUUCCUUUCUGUUCAUAUACAUUGGUAGUACCUCCACUGUUUCUCGUAUUGUGAUUGGUCAAAUUAUUGACAAGAAGUGGUUCACGGCCCUGCAAGUGGCCCAAUUAUGUUCACUUGCAAUGGGAAUUGCUAUCAUUCUCUUUGCGCUUGCCAAAGAAUACAGCCAUUUUGUGAUAUUUUCAGUUGCAUAUGGGAUCAUCAGUGGAGGAUUCAUUACAGGGCAAAACGUGUUUUUACAAAGCAUACUUGAGCCAGAAAAAAGUGCCAUUGGUCUUGGGAUGGGCUACAUGGUGUUCUCUGUAGCCAUUGCUGGAGGUCCACCAUUUGUCGGGUUCAUGGCUGAUGAACUUGGAUCAUAUAUAGCCUCUUUCUACAUUAUUGGUGGAAUGAUGGUGAUCUCUGCUGCUUUGCCAUUUAUUCUUCUGUGUUCAAGAUGCAAAAAAGAMGGAGUUGGCCAUGAAAAAAUAGAAAUAUGCUUACAUGAGAAUGAGGAUGAGUGCAAGAAAGAAAAUUCUGUAUACAUCUCUUCUCUAUGAUAAAAUAAUGAUGGAUAUUUAUCAACCAGGAGGUCUGGAUAAGCAAAAAACUGUGCCUGAGGUCUUGAAUAUACAAACCGCAGCUGCAACCAAGGUCCAUUUUCAAGGCGGAAGUUUUUUCCAAAUCCAGACUGACUCACUAUAGUACAGUAAAUAAUUUAUAUCUUUUUUCCCAUUAAUUGACUUUUGUUUUGCAAUUUUUGUUGUCGUUUACUGACAAU